GGCGGCAGCAGCAACAGCAACACACCGGUGGAUGAGCAUGGACAGCGGCAGUGGGGCGACUCCCUUUCACGGCGAGCGCAACCGGCGAGACCGCUAAUCGGGAGCGACCGGCAUGCGGAGGAGGUUCUACCGUAAAUCUUAAGGAUAUUUAAACGCAAAGAUGACCGAGGGCAGAUUGUGUCAAGUGCAGCUGCUGGAUGACAGGAAGCUGGAGCUGCUGGUUCAGCCAAAGCUGCUGUCCUAUGAACUUGUCGACCUGGUUUCCUCCCAUUUCAAUCUCAAAGAGAAGGAAUUCUUCGGACUCGCGUUUCUCACUGACAAUGGUCAGUGUAAGUGGCUACAGAUGGACCGCAGAGUUCUUGAUCAUGACUUUUCCAAGAGGCACGGCUCCAUUGCCCUCAACUUUCUGGUCAGAUUCUAUGUGGAAAACAUAACACAGCUCAAGGACAUCAUAACAGUGGAGUUAUUCUUCCUUAAUGCAAAAUCUGCUGUCUACAACGGGAUUAUAGAAGUUGAGAGUGAGAAUGUCUUUAAGUUGGCAGCCAAUGCUUUGCAGGAAUCAAAAGGAGACUACACAAGUGAUGAAGCCACUCGAGCCGACUUAAAGAAACUUCCCGCUCUUCCCACUAAAGUCCUCAAAGAGCACCCAUCGCUUGCAUACUGUGAGGAACGAGUCAUCGACUAUUAUAAACAGCUAAAAGGAAUCUCCAGAGGGCAAGCCAUUGUACAGUAUCUGACGCUUGUGGAAUCCUUGCCCACAUAUGGUGUCCACUAUUACGAAGUGAAGGAUAAACAAGGGAUGCCAUGGUGGCUUGGGAUCAGCUAUAAAGGCAUUGGCCAGUAUGAUCUACAAGAUAAGCUGAAACCUAGAAAGCUUUAUCAGUGGAAACAACUGGAAAAUUUGUACUUCAGGGAGAAAAAAUUUGCAGUGGAGGUUAAUGAUCCUCACAGGAGAGCAGUAACCAAGCGCACCUUUGGACAAACUGGACUCCUCAUCCACACUUGGUAUGCGAGCCACUCAUUGAUCAAAACUAUUUGGGUCAUGGCUAUUAGCCAACAUCAAUUCUACUUGGACAGAAAGCAGAGCAAAGCAAAAGUGGGAGCCUCCAAAAGUUUGGAGGAAAUCGCCAUGGAUCUCACCGAGCAUGCGGGGGCAAAGAUGAACAAACUCGGAGAGUCAGUCCUGAAAAAUAACUUAAUUACCGCCAGCAAUGGCAGCCUGGUAUCGACAGGUUCAGCAGACUCCGAAAUGAGUGAGGAGCAGAAGAAAGAGAAACUCUCUGAGUUGAGAAAGAAAGAGCAGGACAUACAAGAUAUCUUGACCAAAAAAACAAAGGAACUCAAGAAAAUUUGUCUUCGGGAAGCGGAGCUUACUGGAAAGCUGCCAAAGGAGUACCCCUUGUUAUCAGACGAACGACCACCACAGGUUAGACGGCGAGUCGGCACUGCUUUCAAGUUGGAUGACCUUUUUCCAUACAAUGAGGAUCCUUUCCUGAGAAAUCUGGAGAGCAGAUUUGCCCUCCAGCAGAAGAUCGUAGAGGCAGCUAAAAAGCUGGCCAAUGAAGCGGAAUUGUGCAAGACGGUCAAGAAGAAAAGAAGGAGAAACUGUUUGGAUGCCAUGCACAAACUUCAGCAGAUUGAGAAUGAGAUGAACCAUUAUCGAAUCAAGAAGGGGAAAAGACCCACCCAGCGAGCCUCAGUAAUCAUUGCAGAUGAACUCAUGCGAUCAGACUGUAGCUCCUUAUCCAGUCUCCCGUUGGAGGAUGAAGACUCGGAUAGCGCCAAUCAGCGACCACGAUCGCAGUCUGUGCAAGGCUCACCUCCGUUCAGUCCGUUACGCUCCCUGGGGGCAGAAUACGAUGUAGAGAAGCAAACAUCUCCAAGGGAAAUUAACCAUAACAAAAGAUUAGCUUAUGAAGGCCAAGAGGCUUCCCUCCACUACCACAAUCCACGAGAGGCUUCCUCCACCCACAGUAGCCCUUAUAAAACCCUCCCCAGACCUCCCAGAGACCCCCGCAGCAUGCCCCCCACACCCGCAAUGACCCGCAAUGCCUACAGCAGCAGUCAGCUCAGGUGCGAGGGCUUCCCUCAUGGUUUCAGGGCUCGCAGUGGAAGUCUGGAAUCACAGCCCCAGCUAAGAAAAGACGCAGACGCAGAGAAGCCAGUUUUCACCUUGUCACCAGCUCAUCGCAGCAACAGUACAGAGGUGUUGGAGGAUUGCUCUUCCUACACCAGUCAGUCCAGUCUGGAUUUCUGCGGGCCUGCCACUUGCCACUACAGUACAUUAGAUUCCAGGACCUCCACCAUGCAUCGUCUGCAUCGCAACGUGGAAGUGUAUGGCAAUACAGGGAGCAUGCCCAACCUGGUGCAGCACCAUUCCGGUUGUAGUUACACCGGUGAGACCUCAGCACAUUAUCCACCCAGUGCCUACUACGUCUCCGGCUGCCCGUGUCCAGACAUGGAGCCUUACGCUAACGGUGCCUACGUGUACGAGGAUGACGUCGAAGGCCACUACAACGUCAACCCCUCGUAUCAAAUGAACGGCUAUCACGGACAUGACAGAUUUAGGCAUUAUGGCUCUGACCGAAGUGACGCCCUAUCCCAGAAUCCCUACGCGACAGUGAGGCCGCCGCGGAACAGGGAGGGACCCAGAAAUGAACUUUUGGCCAAGAACAUGCAGAAGGCGAUGGUAGCAGAACAUCUGAGAGGGUGGUACCAUCGGAACCGUAACUCCAGGGAAGGAGAGAGGGCGGGAUACGACUUUGACUGUGGCUCUCAGCUCAGCCUGGGCUACCAGACCAUGCCGGCGGCCUUCAGCCACUCCAGCAGAACGACGUCUUUCUCAUCUGUGUCAUCAGUGGAAAGUGCAGGGAACUGGCGCAACCAGCUGGCAGUCGGCCUGAGUGACUACGACACACCCAACACGCCUCAAUACUCUCAACAUGCAGUUCCAGCGUCACCAUAUAAUCGCAGCCCCUCACGCAACAGAUGUUCUCCAGAAAACAAAGUAUCGGGCUCUGACACAAAGCCUAAUAAAUGUGAUUCAGUUGAGGUGGUUGACACUGAGGCCGUUAAAAAGGAUGAAGCUUCAGACAACCACUCUAGCACUUAAGGGUGAGACCAAGCAGGUGGCUGUAUGUCAUGUUGCCACACGUCUCCAUUUUCCCAUCUUCAUCAGCGUGCUCAUGUUAGGAAACCAUCUUCCUUUUUGUGUUGUGGUUGGAUUUUAACACCCUUAGAGCAGUGUUUUUUUUUUUUUGUAUUUCGCAAUCUUUGCAUUCAAGCUUCCAUUCUGUGUUGUUGUUUUUUUAAGUGUAAAUAUUUAUUGUCAAUAUUUAAACUUCCCAGUAGCAAUUCAAGUUGAAGUAAUGGAACAGAACAGGUUUCCUCAUCAGGUGCCAUUUGUUGCCAGGCUUAUGAACAAAUGAAAUAAAAUCCAUGUCAGAAAUGCCCACAGGAUAUUUAAAUAAUAAACUGUGAGCAAUAUAAGGACAUAUAACACAACACAUUCAUAUAACAUAAAAUUUCAAUGAUACACAUGACUUGCACCAUUGAUUCUGUUCAUUGCUCUCCAGCUACCGCCAGGAACGUUUUUAGUGGAUUUUUAUUUGGGUCACCACGGAGUUGCUUUGUAUUCAGAGUUGUCACAUGACCACUCUAGUAUUGUACCCUGCUUUUAUCAUCAGCUUCUUUAUUUUCAUUCAUUUGGUCAUACGUCAAGAUCAGUCUCUAUUAGGUGAAUCUGUGAAUUGAUUUCAGUGUGUUC